UCACCCACUGAAGUCUGGCAAAGCUGUGUCUGUAUCCCUUGCAGAAUGUCAACAGAUUGGUCUGAAGUACGGCGAACUACAAGAUCGAACUGAAUGAAGCCAAAAUGAAAGGAACACCUUCCCCCGCAGACUAACGUGGAGGAGGUUCCGUGUGAACGUCUUCCCCCGCAGACUAACGUGGAGGAGGUUCAGUGUGAACGUCUUCCCCCGCAGACUAACGUGGAGGAGGUUCAGUGUGAACGUCUUCCCCCGCAGACUAACGUGGAGGAGGUUCCGUGUGAACGUCUUCCCCCGCAGACUAACGUGGAGGAGGUUCAGUGUGAACGUCUUCCCCCGCAGACUAACGUGGAGGAGGUUCCGUGUGAACGUCUUCCCCCGCAGACUAACGUGGAGGAGGUUCCGUGUGAACGUCUUCCCCCGCAGACUAACGUGGAGGAGGUUCCGUGUGAACGUCUUCCCCCGCAGACUAACGUGGAGGAGGUUCCGUGUGAACGUCUUCCCCCGCAGACUAACGUGGAGGAGGUUCCGUGUGAACGUCUUCCUCGCAGACUAACGUGGAGGAGGUUCCGUGUGAACGUCUUCCUCGCAGACUAACAUGGAGGAGGUUCAGUGUGAACGUCUUCCCCCGCAGACUAACGUGGAGGAGGUUCCGUGUGAAAGUCUUCCCCGCAGACUAACGUGGAGGAGGCACUGGCUGGUGAUCACAGAGGAUGGUCAUUUCGUGACGGGCAGACAGGAGCCUCGUCUAGUGCUGGUGUCUCUGACCAGUGAGAGGGGCCAAACGUGCCUAAAUGGACCAGACAUGGAAGAGCUACGGUUCCCGUUGCUGCAACCGGACAACGCCAUCAUCAACUGCAGAGUGUUUAGCACUGACAUCCAGGGCAGGGACUGUGGUGAUGAGGCAUCUAGCUGGCUGACCCGCUUCCUAGGGGCGGGUAAAACCUUUCGCCUGGUGCACUUUGAGCCCCACAUGUCACUCAGGAGGGCAGCAGAUGUGGAGCCUCUCUUUCCUCCAAAUGAAAAGGUGGUGUACCCGGACAUGGGGCCGGUCAUGUUGCUGUCCGAAGCGUCUGUGAAUGACCUUAGCAGCCGGUUGGAGAAGGCGGUCACCGUGGCACAGUUUCGACCAAGCAUCGUUGUCAGUGGUUGUGAAGCUUUUGAAGAGGAUUCUUGGGAAGACAUCCGUAUUGGAGACGUGUGGCUGCAUCGUGUCAUGGCAUGUGGAAGAUGUUUAUUCACAACAGUGGACCCUGAAACGGGAGUCCGUACCGGAAAACAGCCACUGGAGACACUCAAAAGCUAUCGAAUGUGUGACCCGGCCCAGAAGAACAUCUAUAAGUCUGCCCCACUGUUUGGACAGGUGUACAUUGUCAACAAGACUGGCAUCCUACAAGUCGGAGAUGUGGUGUACAAGAUCAGUCACUGAGAUGG